AUUUGCAGCGGGCGCCAGGUUGCAGAUCGUGGGUCGCGAAAGGAAGCCUCCCGGAGGCCGUUGCGUCGGGCUGGGGGCGGCGGCUCCGGGUGGAGGAAGAGGCGGCCUCGGGGCGGGGACUGCCGGCUUGCUCGGCCUCAACCUCCCGGGCGGUGGAGGCUGGGCUUUGGGGUGUCUUGCAGCCGUCGGUGGGCGCCCGCUUGGCGUUUGACGCUUCCCAUGGACACCAGCCCCCCGAUCCCAGAUCCCGGGGGUCCCCGAAGGGAUUUUAGCACCUCGGCUUCGGAGGUGGGCCCUCCCUCCUUUGAAUGGCUGCUGGGGCGCCUGGGGGCCCGGGGCCAACGUCGGCAGCGCCUUCUGCUGGCUCUCAGCUGUCUCCCCUGUGUCCUCGUGGGUUUGGCCUUGGGUUCGGAUGCCCUCUUCGCUCUCACCCCUCUGCAUCGCUGCGGGGACCCCAACGGCACCAAGCUGCCCGAUAAUGCCACCUGUCAUGGCCCCCACGGUCAAAGUGGGGAGUCUGGGGGACUCCCCAUCCUUACCAGCAAUCCAGUGACGGAGUGGUCCCUGGAUCAUUCCGGCAGCUGGGUGAUCCCUCUGGAGCAGAUCUGUUUCCUCCUGGGCUUCGCUGCAGGAGCCGUUUUCCUGGGUCACCUGGCGGACAGCGUAGGGCGACGGAGUACCUUCCUCCUGGCUCUGGCUCUCGGCUGCCCAGCGGGCAUCCUGGCAGCCUUCGCGUCUUCCCCCUCCGUCUUCAUACUAGGCCGGUGCCUGUGGGGCACGAUGCUGGGCGCCAUGCAACUCGCCCUCUACAUUACCCGUUUGGAGUUGUGUUGUCCUUCGCAACGGCUACCGGUAGCCAUGGCGGGAGACCUCGUCCAGGUGGGAGGACGGUUCCUCCUCCUGGGUCUGGCGUGGGUCUGCGGCAGUUGGCGAGUUCUGCAAGGGGUGAUCUCAGCCGGAAUGGGGGUUUGCCUGCUGUACGGCUGCCCAGGGUUGUACCCUGAAUCUCCCCGUUGGCUCUUGGCCACCCGUCGAACAGCUCAGGCCAAGGACGUCUUGUUAGCCCUGUGCCAAGAUGGCAACGCCCAGGAACCCGAGACCCGCGAGGCCCUGGAUGAGCUGGACAACAUUUGUCAUCUACCUGCAGCUGCCCAGAUCUCAUUCCGCACCCUCCUGUCCUGCAGGAACAUCUGGAAAAACAUUCUGAUCCUUGGUUUUACCACGUUCAUAGCCCACGCGAUCAGCCACUGUUACCAGCAGGCCUGGGAGUCCAUGGAGGACCCACGCGCCAAGUUCUACUUCCCCUUCCUGUUGUCGGCUGGCAGCGCCGGUCUCGGGUGCCUCUUUUUGUGCCUCACCGUACACCGGUGUGGACGUCGCGGGAUUUUGCUCCUCACAACUACCCUGACCGGCAUCUCCUCUCUGAUCCUGCUGGGGCUGGGAGAAUAUCUCAACAAGGCGGCCCGAAGGACGUUUUCCAUUCUUGGACUCUUCACUUCCCACGCAGCCGGCUCCCUCAGCAUCUUCUUUGCUGCAGAAGUCAUCCCCACCGUCAUCAGAGGGAAGGGUCUUGGCAUCACGCUGGGCCUAGCGUCCCUUGGAGGGCUGAGCGCCCCACUGUUGCGGGUGCGAGAACAGCACGGCUCCUUCCUCGAACACAUCGUCCUGGCCUCCCUCAACAUCCUGGCCCUGCUUUGCCUCCUCUUGCUGCCUGAGACCAAACGCAAACCCUUGCCCGAAAGCUUGCAGGAUGGAGAACUUUACCGGAGGCCUUCGCUGCUCCGGCGGGCCGGCGAGUCUGCGGACCGGGACUCCCACGGCGUGUCACGGCGAGACGACGUCCCGUUGCUCUCUACCCCGAAUCCCACCAGCUGAUGCCACGGCGGGCUUGAUUUUGGCCUCAACGGGUGGGCUCGACCAGCAAACGCAAGAGCCGAAUGGAGGCCAGGAGGGAAAAAAAUAUCAAAUUUUGGCUUUUUCUACUUCUGACGUUGCACGAAAGGAGUCGCUUCAUCUUGGCUGCACCAGCAGCACAAACUCGUUUAUUUAAAUGGUCGGACUAAAAAUUGGAAAACUAGGAUUCAUAGCUAGUUGCCCCAAAAUUAGCUAGAGCAGUUCUUUUCGACCUUGUACUACUUGAAGAUGUGCGGAUUUCCAACACUUAAACGCCUGUUGCCUUUUUUAAAAUUUGCAUUGCGAACUUCAGGGUAGUUGUGUGGGUUUCUUUUUUCCCACUUCCUUAAUAAUUAACAUAAUUACGUUAAUUUUCAUUCCUUUUCAUUAAGACGGAUGAUAAUAUACGCCCUUGGGUGUCCUGCGGCCUGCCUUGAAAAUAACAGAAAUUAAAUAACAGACAAAAUAGGAAAAAAAUAAAAUAAGUUAGUCCUAAAUUUAGGGCCAUAAUGGAGCCUAGAAUUAUGGUCGUAAAGUCGUGCCAGUCGUUAAAUGGAUCAUCCCGUGACCAGCUUGAUUUGAUGACUUUUUUUUUUUUUUGGCAGUGCUCGUUAAGGGAAUCAUGGUUAAGUGAAUUAUCACAAUGGUUAAGUGAAUCCAUGGUCAUUAACUGAACCAUCGCGAUUGUGAAGUGAACCAAUUGUCCACCAUUUUGUUCCCGGAAAACGACCAGGGAAUUCUGGGAGUUGAAGUCCAUACAUCUUCAAGUGCUUCAGGUCGAAAAACACUGAAUUUGGAAGCAGCACGAAAAACCUUUGAUGUACCCACCGCGCCUUUACUCCAGAGACAAACUGAAAUUUUUAAAUUUAAGGUCAAGUCAAACCGACAGACGAUUCUCCGCGGACUUUCAAGGAGAAAAGAGAAAAAUCGGAACACUUUCUCCCCGGAAGAGAAUUUUUAUAUCUGCUUUCGGCGACGAGGCUUAUGAACUGAAGGAUACGGGAUCAAGAGUUCCUCAGUGAAGGGCUGUGUGUCGAAAUGCUUAGCUAGGAGGUUGGGCUAAUCCUCCGGUUUUUAAAAUCCCUCUCGGAUUUUUUUUAAAAAGAGUUCUGCGAGGGACGAUUUGGGGUUUGGCGGGAGAUAAUUCUGUUUUUAUUUCCGUUUUACCAAUGUAAGACAGGGGGAUUAGGGGCUGGGAGUCUGCGGACUGACGUCCGAGACAGCAUCCAAGGGUUUGAUCCUAUGCAUUCAUCUUGUUUUUAAUAAUUGUGUCUGUGACACACUUCUCUUUCUAAAGGGCUCACGUUCAGGACGUUGGACCAGAGGUGACCAAAUCCCCAAAAAACUAAGACUUACCGUAUUUUUCAGAGUAUAAGACGCACCUUUCCCCCCCAAAAAAGAAUGUGAAAAUCUGGGUGCGUCUUAUACUCCGAAUGUAGCCGCGCCCAGCUUCUCAAACGGAGGUUUCAGAGGCUGAAAAAAGCGUCAGAAACGAAGCUUCAGAAGAAAAGCCUCCAAACAGCUGCAGAAAAAAAGCCUCCAUACAGAACUGCAGAAAAAAGCCUCAGAAACAAAGCUUCAGAGGCUUUUUUUCUGAAACUGUUUCAGAGGCUUUCAGAGGCUGAAAAAAAAAGCAAGGCACAGAGCUCACAACCAACGAACUUGUUGCUAAAAUUCACCUCUGGGAACAGCUGAUUGGGUAUUCCUGGGUAUUCCAGGAGGCCGAUCCACCCGCCAAUCAGCUUUUUUCUUAUUUUCCUUCCCAAAAACGAAGGUGUAUCUUAUACUCUGAAAAAUACGGUAUUUUAAAUCCUUCCCUCCCGGAAAGAAACCGAUGGCUAGAUCAGACGAGCAAUGUUCUUCGUUGCUUUUCGUGACGAACAGCGAGUUUGGUCUGAGCUCCAAAAAUGAUUGAUCGGCACCUUUUGGCUGAUCAGUUCUUCAUUUAAGCUCACAGCAAAGAGAAACAAAUCAAACCGCUUUAUACAAAGACUUCAGCGGUCAGUUCCCUCACCUCCAAAUCUGGAACAUACAGGUAGUCCUCGAUUUAUGACGACGAUGGAGCCCCAAAUGUCUGCGACUGAGAGUUCAGUGAGUUCUGCCCCAUUUUCCGACCUUUCUCCCCAUGGUUGUUAAGUGAAUUGCAACAGUUCAGUUGGUAACACAGUUGUUCGGUGAAUCUUUCUUCCCCCUUCACUACCGUCAUAAAUAUGACUCAGUAAGCCUCUGAAUUUUGUUCACAGUAAUGGUUGAGAUGCUGCCACGGUCAUAAGUGUGAAAAACAUUGCUUGUUAGUGGGGCCGUUGGAAAUUUGGUGGCUAAGCCCACCGUUGUAAAUCGAGAACUUCCUGUAUGUUCCAUUUUUAAUCGGUUGCCAAUCAUUUUUUGGGGGAGGCUCAGAAUUAAUAGUGGGUUUUAUUACCGAUAAAGGAGAGAUGAUGGCUGAAGUAAUGAGACAACACCACACCCAGGGAAGGACCACUCAGGCCGACACACACACGCGUGUGUGCAAACACUACCCCCUUUUGCUCCCCUGGGAGUUAAACAUGCAACCCCCCACCCCACCCAAGCCCCUAGUAGGCUCAAAAUUUUUUGGACUGCUUUGUAAUCUCGGAAGGGAAAUAAAACACUGACUGUUAAUAAGCUAAAUAAAAGGAAAUAUAUAAUCCAUUCAGAAAACCCU